UUCAAAAUCAAAAUGGAACAAGAUUUGCCCACCUUCAUCAGCCCUUGCAAACUCCGAGGCAACUCUUUUGCAAGUUCUCGUCCUCUCAUUCCCGGCCCUGCUGGUGUUGUCCAGGCCGCCAUGAUUCAACGCAGCUCCACCACCGACGGACACCUCAUUCCAACCCAACAAUUUGUUUGGCGCGUCGUCGAAGACGGUCACGACACUGAUCCCGAUUUUCACUCCAAUGCUUGGCUUUCAGCCCUGCAAUUAGGCGGAUCUGCAACUCCUCUGGGUUCCAUCACUCACCAUCUAGAAAGGGUCGAUCUCAUCGUCGCAGUUAUCAAAUCAUGCACGCCAAACGGAUUCGGCGAUGUGUCAGUUACCCUGAAGGUAUUUCCAUCUUCCGCGUUCUUUUUCAUCAAUGUCAUGGUAUUUAAAUGUCCUCUGUCAAUGCCAUAUGAGUUUGAGUUUCAGGAUCCUACGGGCACUGUCGGUGCUAGUGUCCAUCACAAGGUUUUCACUGAAAGCGAAUUCGCGAAGGACAUAAAUGUUGGAUCUGUUAUGCUUAUCCAGAAGGUAGCUGUGUUUUCUCCUAGAAAAUCUAAUUGUUACCUGAACAUAACAUUGCCCAACAUAGUUAAGGUAUUCUCCAGUGACUGUGGACCUCCAUCAGAAACAUUCACCGACAUUACAGAAGAUUGAUUAAUGUUAUUUGGCUAAUUUUGAAUUAUUUGCAACUUUAAAAAAUCCUUGACCUGGAUUAUGUAGGCUAUGUUGCGUCCCUUGAAUUAUGUACGUUAUUUUGCUUCAAUUGGAUUAUGUGCGU